AUGAAGAUGGCGCGGCAGAAAAGAGCCUACCUGGCCAUCACCCUCAACAUGGUGGCGCUCACCUUCGCCGUGUCCGCGGUGAGCACCAGCUACUGGUGCGAGGGGACCAGGAAGGUGGUGAAGCCCUUCUGCGCGGGCCCCGUCACAGUGAAGCAGACCUACUGCAUCCGCUUCAACAGCUCCAACCUCAACGACAGCCGUCUGGUGCAGUACAUCUGGGAGACGGGCGAGGACAAGUUCAUCAUGCGCAAGUUCCACACGGGGAUCUGGGUGUCCUGCGAGCAGAGCUUCAACAUGAUCGGAUUUACCUGCAGAAAUUUUUUAGAGAUUGCGCCUGCACAUGAAAGAGGGGUCCUGUGGCUGUGCAUUGUGGCAGAGUGCCUGUACAUCUGCCUGCUUUUCAUGGGAGGGGUCCUCAUGUGUACCGAAAUGUGUUGCUGCUGCAACCUCAUGAACGGACUCAAGAUGAAUGCCUUUGCUGCUGUGUUCACCGCCCUGUCCGGUCUGCUGGGGAUGGUAGCACACAUGAUGUUCACUACAAUCUUCCAGCUGAGCGUGAGCCUGGGCCCAGAGGACUGGAGGCCCAAAACCUGGGACUACAGCUGGUCCUACCUCCUGGCGUGGAGCUCCUUUGCGGCUUGUAUGGCCUCGGCGGUAACAACGCUGAACCGUUACACAAAGACCAUCAUCGAGUUUCGGCGGAAACGGCGAAUCUUGGAGAAGCACGUAAGGCUGGAAGAAAAGCUGAUGGAGCUCAACUCCCCGGCACAGCUGUGGGACGUGUACAUAAGCACUGCCCCAAGCGCCACUGAGGAGCUUCUGGACCUCUCCAGCAAGCCGCCCGACGACUCCGUCUUCCUGGAAGUCGAGGAUAAGAUGGAUCUACCGGAGCCUCAUCGCUCAUCCCACCUCCCUGGAAUUUCCACUCUUUGA